AGCACUAUCAUUCAUUAUUCAUGUUAAGUUCAUGAACUGAAAGAUUGAAACCACCACUUAUUACAUUGGUUGGUAACUGUGGUUUAUUACAAUAGAACAGAAUGUGCCUUGCACUGUGCUUCUUUUGUGUUCUACAGAAUCCAAUGCUUUCCUGUCUUGAGCUAUGUACCAGUGCAUGACAUGACAUCCAUCCCAGUUGUUAAUUUUUCAGGAGCAUUAUUUAUAAAUGAGGUGUAAAGCUGUCAUGUAACUACUACGAAUGUUUCCCCCUGAUCUCGUCUUGCGCAUAGCAGUGGCCACAAUGUCGUCAAAGGGACAGCUGGGUUACACAUACGAAUUCCUGGACACAUCCCACCCGGCACAAUUUCUGGACUCAAUGUGGGAGUUCUACGUGGAAGGGCUCUUCACGGACGUCACACUGCAGUGCAGCAGUGGCCAAGAGUUCCAGUGUCACCGAGUGGCCCUGGCCACCCGGAGCCCCUUCUUCAGAGGCAUGUUCACGGCCGACAUGCGCGAGCGCAGCGACAGCCUGGUGCGCCUGCCAGGGAUGGACGCCGACGUGCUCGGAACGCUCCUGGAGUUUGUGUACACGUCCAGGGUGACGGUAACCCAGGGCAACGUGGAGAAGCUCCUGGAAGCGGCCGACAUGCUGCAGCUGGUGGCUGUGAAGGCGGCGUGUGAGGGCUUCCUGGUGCGUCUCCUGGACGUGGACAACUGCCUGGGCAUGCAGGCCUUCGCUGAGCUGCACGCGUGCAAAGACCUGGAGAGAGAGGCCCGCAGAAUGGUGCACUUCCGGUUCGAAGAGCUCGCUGGCCAGGAGGAGUUUCUGGAGGUCAGCUUCGAUCAGCUUCGCUCCGUCCUCUCCGCCAAGAACCUCAACGUGAAGAGACAGGAGGUUCUGGUGGACGCGUUGGUGAGGUGGGUCAGUCACGGCGACCUGGUCCGAUUGCGUCACACCACCACCCUGCUGCGCUGCAUAGGCAUGGAGUUAGACGAGAAGCGCUUCUUCAGAACCCUCCUGAAGUCCCAGACAUGCUGCUCGCCGGACCGAUCUGAUCUGGCGUCGAUCCGGUCCGCCCUGGCCUCUUCCCUCCUGGCUGGUCUCCCCAUCACACGCCUCAGUUCCAAAAAGCCCACCACCAGCAUGUACGUCGUCGGAGGCUACUACUGGCACCCGCUUUCGGAGGUCCAUGCCUGGGACCCGCUGUCCGACACGUGGGUCCAGGGCACCGACAUGCCGGACCACCGACGGGAGAGCUACAGCGUGGCUCAACUGGGGCCCAGCAUCUACGUGACGGGCGGCUAUAGGACAGACACGGUGGAGGCGUUGGACGCGGUGUGGGUGUACCACAGCGAGCGUGACGAGUGGGGCCCCGGGUGCCCCAUGUUGGGGGCGCGCUACUACCACUGCUCCGUGGCCCUGCACGGGUGUGUGUACGCCAUCGGUGGGUACCGGGACGGAGCCCCAACCGCCGAGGUCGAGUUCUAUGACCCGCUGAAAAGGAAGUGGUCCCCAGUGGCUAAUAUGAUCCAGGGUGUAGGGAAUGCCACUGCGUGUGUUUUGCACGACUGCAUCUAUGUGACUGGCGGCCACUAUGGCUAUAAGGGGAGCUGCACUAGUGAGAGGAUUCAGAUGUACAGAGCUGACCUUAACGAGUGGACCGUCGCCACCAUCUGCCCUCACCCAGAGUACGGCCUGUGCUCCGUGUCACUGAACAACAGGCUGUACGUGGUGGGGGGUCAGACCACCGUGUCCGACUGCUACGACCCCAAAACCGACGCGUGGACCAAGCUGGCGGACAUGAAGGAGCGCAGGAUGGAGUGCGGCGCCGUGGCCCUGAACGGCUUCCUGUACGUCACCGGCGGCUACUCGUACACCAAGGGCACGUACCUGCAGAGCCUGGAGCAGUACGACCCUGAGCGCAACACCUGGGAAGUCGUGGGCACGCUGCCCAGUGCAGCCAGGUCCCACGGCUGCAUCUGUGUUUACCAUUUAUAGGCACAAGCAAUGUCCUCUAUGCUGUAAGGCAAACCAUGAAGGUAAUGCAAAAAAAUGGUGUGAUAUCUGGCUUGUUGGACCAGAUGAAAUUGAAUGGACUGUAUAAAAGGGUUCUAGUCUCAUGCUUCGCUAACACCCCGCCUCCGUAGAGAAAACAAGCUUUCCCCACUGUCAGCCAAGGCACAACAACUUUUGGGGGACUUUUCUCCAUGUGGUACUUUUCCCCAAUGAAAAUGCCAGAAUUUUGCGAAAUGUUGAAUAAAACUCUAUCGUCAAUGACGUCUUGCCUCACACCAAGAGGCCAAAUACAAAAGGAGAGGACGGGAGGUCCUAGAUUGAGUUGGACUCUGAAACUGACAGAUAUUCGUGCCAAUUCACAGCUGCACUGUGAACAGCCAGUGUAAUGCAGCAUACUCAGGGAACAUAAUGGCAGCGUACCUCAGGGAGAAGUCCUGUUUUUAUUAUUGUUACUUACUAUUAUUUAUUUUAAGCAUAUCAAAGGUUCAAAGGAUAAAAUGUCUCAGCAUUACAACUCUGGUUGUGAUUUCCUUUAUCACUUGAAGACUGUUUUUAAUGUAAUUUUUUAAAAAAUCACUUUUCUGGCAGCUAUGUUGAUGAAUAUGACUUUCGUGUCACUUUUUAAAACACAUUGGAAAUGUUUGUGCCCAGGUGAAAGUAGGCACUCAAAGAUUGUUAAAUAAUACCUGCACAGAAUAAUAUUAAUAUAUCGUAGGCUUAAUGGUCUAAAAUAGUUUCAAUGGAAUGUUUUGCUAAGUUGUCAUUUAUGUAACUUAAAUUGCUACAUUUUUGUUGUAUGUAUUGGCUACUGAACAAUUUCUGAACAGGUAGCCAACAGCAGGGCUGUUUUGGGCAUCUGGUAUUUUUGUGUUUCAUUGCAUUGCAAUGUAUGUCAAGCUCUCUUAGAAAACUGCAUUUCUAAUCCUUACUUUGUAUUUUUAUGUCUGAGUGAA